AUGGACUCCAUUUAUCUGCCAACUUGUGGCAUCAUUCUUGAUCCUCAACAUCUUCCUUUUUCUCCCUUCAACUUCACCAAUUGCACCUACGCAAUGACGGGCCGUGGGCGCGCAGGGAACCCAGUUCCCAAACUCCCCAGACCAGAUGCCACCCUCGACAUUCGCCCAGUCCCGAGAGAACGGCACUUUGACGUUCGUUCCAUCGGCCCAGGCGCUUCCCCUGAUAUCCACCAGACUGUCCGAUCCGUCGAAGAGUUGGAGCGAGAUCUCGUCGUGCCCGAAUAUAGUGGUCAACGCUGCCAUUCGGAAGAGUCGCGGGAUCAAGCUGUUCGCGAGUUUCUUGACCACGUCAUAUCUGACGGCCAAACCGAUUUCCGCAACGAAGAUGAAUUCACACCCGAAGUGACCUGGGGGUUUUGCAUCUUUGUCACGAGCUACUCGAAAGAGGCUCAGAAGAACCUGGAUUCAGCCGUGUUGAUGCUGGUCAAGAUUGUAGGCCGCUACUUUCGUGAGAACACCAGUCCUGAAUUCGCUACGUUUGGGCAGGAGGCUUUCAAGAGAUUCAAGUUGGACUUGUUCGAGAACAAGGAGUUGCUCGAACAUGCCUCGGACGACCGUGUCAGAGAAGAGUUCAACGCGUAUGUAAGGAGCUUACAUCUCUGGGAUGACGGCUACGAUCCAGAUGUAAACCGCGCUCGAUACUACCGCGACAAUCUCAACAGACCUCCCGGAAACAGUCGACUCAAGUUUUGCAUUGUCUUGGACGAAGCCAAGAUCAACGAGCUGGCCGCCUUCAAAUUCCCCAUCAAUCCCAAGGAGGACGAUCGAUCACUUCGCAAGGUCAGCGUCAAGAUCAUCUGUCGUAGUUGGAGUUACCCAGAAGAGCCAAACUGCGAGACGGGCUACUUUGAUGGUUCGACUCGGAAGUUCUUCUCUGGUAUCGACCAGCUGCCGCUCAACCGUCUCGUAGAGGUGUACGAGAGAUUGUCUCACUGGCACGUUGAUGAGAUGUUUCCCAUGUUCAAGUUUCUAGAUAUAUGA